AUGAGGCCCGGAGCCGAGUUCGUCGCCAUGAGCCACCGCGCGGGGGCGCCGAUGGUGGCGCCGGCGCACGGGCUGAUCAACGGGACGGCGCCGCACUCGCCAUGGCAGUCGCCUGUGCCGUACCUGUUCGGCGGCCUGGCGGCGAUGCUGGGGCUCAUCGCCUUGGCGCUGCUCAUCCUGGCGUGCUCCUACUGGAAGCUCUCCGGGUACCUCGACGGCGACCGGGACGGCCAGGAGUCGGGGGGCGACGGGGAGAAGGCCUCGGCGUCCGGCGCGUCCAAGCCGGCCCUGGAUUUCCAGGAGCACGUCGUGGUCAUCAUGGCCGGCGACGACCGGCCCACGUUCCUCGCCAAGCCGGCCACUAGCCGGGCAGCCGAGGUAGAGCUCGCAGCGGCGGCGGCAGCAAGCGCGAGCGCCGUCGACGAAAAGGAGAAGAAGAUGGACGAGCAGGGCUGCGAGGUGAGCUCGCAGCUCGGAGGCGACCCCGCCGACGCGGCGAGCGGGAGCAGCGGCCACCACCAUGACCAUGAGAGCAGCAGCACGACGGGGCGGCAAGAAAGCUUGCAAUGA